UGAGACAGGCUUGAUAAGGUAACUAACUUAUAGCCAAACAUUGAUGUAUAUCUGUUUGCAAUGCACAGCACAAACGGAAUCUGAGUUCAGCUCACACUGUGAGUUUAUCCGUUCAUUUGUCUUUGUCUCUGUAUUCGUCUUUAUUUUGUUUCUUAUUAUUUUCUACCUUUGCUGUUUCCUCCCGCUCUGCGGACCAAAGUCAUUGGCAAAUUGAACUGCGACUUCAGCUUCAUCUGUUUUCAUCGAUCGCAAUCGUUCCAAUAAUACCAAGUCUUAUUUCUCUAUUCUUCUGUAAGAUUGAGGUUGCCGUAAUUUUCCCAGUCCCAUGUUUGCCUGCGGGCCGCUGAACUCGUCACUUAUCUAGUUAGUCUCCGGAAGUCUCUCACGAUGCUCUUCAUUCUCAGAUACCUCAUUCUUUUUGUGACCUUCGUUGCUUGUCAAGAAUAUGGUCAGCCUGGAAACGCCAGUUGUGUCUCCGGAGCUCACAUCAUCGUGGCCAGAGGCAGUCUUGAACCUCAGGGGCCAGGCAUCAUCAGAGCAGUUGCUCAACAGGUCUUAGAUGGAAUCCCCUACUCUAAUAUGGUCUCACUAGAAUAUCCGGCUAUUUACAACCCGUACCAGCCGUCACAGAUGGAAGGCAUUGCGGCUCUCUCUGUUGUCCUAGCCCAGUAUGUCACGGUCUGUCCGAAGACAAAGGUCAUUCUACUUGGGUUCUCGCAGGGUGCCCAUGUCAUUGCAGACGUGAUGUGCGGCGCAAGUUCCAUCGGGUUCCUCCCUACAGAGCCUUCACCUUCCGCCAUUACCAACAACAUUGCGGCUGUUGUUCUGAUGGGUGAUCCGAGCACCACCAAAGGCCAACCCUUCCACGUUGGAAGUAGUGUUGGCAACGGUAUAUUUCCCCGUCAAAAGCCUGAGGGAUGCAAAUGUGUUUCGGACAAGACGAUCUCGUUCUGCGACGCCGGUGACCCUUUCUGCGAGGCUGGAGGCCACGAUUUGAGAGCCCAUAUGAACUACGUGACGGCAUAUGGACAUGUUGCUGCCGACUAUGCUGUGGGCAUGUUUCAUAAAGCCCAAAAUAGUAGCUUGACACAAUUUGGAUCAAACAGUUCAACUUAAGGUUUUGUGUUCAGAGUUUGGAGUAUGUAUAGGAACAGAUAAGGCUCUAUCGUCACUGGGAAGACUGAGACUAAAUUAUCAUUAAGUCAGC